GGGCGCGCCGCCACCAUGAACACCGCCGCCUUCCACAUCGCCAGCCUCCUGGAGAAGAUGACGUCCAGCGACAAGGACUUCAGGUUCAUGGCCACCAGCGACCUGAUGUCGGAGCUGCAGAAGGACUCCAUCCAGCUGGACGAGGACAGCGAGCGCAAGGUGGUGAGGACGCUGCUCCAGCUCCUGGAGGACAAGAACGGCGAGGUGCAGAACCUGGCCGAAGGGAAGCGCCCCGGAGAACUACGUGCAGUCUCCCUACAGCUGGCGAUGCUGCAUGCUGCGUCCUUGCAGAACCUGGACCUGGGCCCACUGGUGGGCAAAGUGAAGGAGUUCCAAGUGGAGACCAUCGUGGACACCCUCUGUGCCAACAUGCGGUCAGACAAGGAGCAGCUCCGAGACAUCGCCGGCAUCGGCCUCAAGACCGUCCUCCUGGAGCUCCCCCCAGCCGCUACAGGCUCCGGGCUGGCCACCAACGUGUGCCGGAAGAUCACGGGCCAGCUCACCAGCGCCAUCGCCCAGCAGGAGGACGUGGGCGUGCAGCUGGAAGCUCUGGACAUCGUGUCCGACAUGCUGAGCAGGCUUGGGGCCCCGCUGGGCGCCUUCCACCCUAGCCUCCUGCACUGUCUGCUGCCCCAGCUGAGCAGCCCACGCCUGGCGGUGCGCAAGCGAGCUGUCGGGGCGCUCGGCCACCUGGCGGCCGCCUGCAGUAACGACCUCUUCGUCGAGCUCGCAGACCACCUGCUGGACCAGCUGCCCGGCCCGCGCGCGCCCGCGAGCCCCGCCCCCGCUGCCAUCCGCACUCUGAUCCAGUUUCUGGGAAGUGUCGGUCGCCAGGCUGGGCACCGCCUCGGGGCUCACCUGGACCGCCUGGUGCCCCUGGUGGAGGGCUUCUGUGGCCUGGAUGACGAUGAGCUCCGGGAGUCCUGCCUCCAGGCCUUCGAGGCUUUCUUGAGGAAGUGUCCCAAGGAGAUGGGGCCUCACGUCCCCAGUGUGACCAGCCUCUGCCUCCAGUACCUGAAACACGACCCCAACUAUAACUACGACAGCGACGAGGACGAGGAGCAGAUGGAGACAGAGGAAAGGGAAUUCAGUGAGCAAGAGAGCGAGGACGACUACAGUGACGACGACGACAUGAGCUGGAAGGUGCGGCGGGCGGCGGCCAAGUGCCUGGCAGCGCUGAUCGGCUCCAGGCCCGACCUGCUGCGCGAUUUCCACCGGACCCUGGCGCCCGCGCUGCUCCAGCGCUUCAAGGAACGCGAGGAGAACGUCAAGGCCGACGUGUUCGGGGCUUACGUAGAGCUGCUCCGGCAGACGCGGCCGCAGAAGGGGUGGCUGGAGCCGGAGGAGGAGCCCACGCAGACCGGCAGCAGCUUGGGCUCCCUGCGAGCACAGGUGCCCCUUGUGGUCAAGGCUCUGCAGCGGCAGCUCAGGGACCGGAACCCUCGAGCCCGCCAGGGCUGCUUCGGCCUUCUCAGCGAGCUGGCGGCCGUCCUCCCCGGCAGUCUAGCAGAGCACAUGUCUGUGCUGGUACCAGGCAUCGUCUUCUCGCUGACGGAUCGUUCCAGCUCCUCCACCAUCCGCAUGGACGCGCUGGCCUUCCUGCAGGGCCUGCUGGGCACCGAGCCGCCCGAGGCCUUCCACCUGCACCUGCCCACGCUCUUGCCACCUGUGAUGGGCUGCGUGGCCGACCCUUUCUACAAGAUCUCUGCCGAGGCCCUGCUGGUGCUACGGGAGCUGGUGCGAGCCCUGUGGCCGCUGGGUAAGCCCCGGACGCUGGACCCGGCACCCUACGUCGGGGAGAUGGCCGCGGCCACCCUGGCGCGCCUCCGCACCACCGACCUGGACCAGGAGGUGAAGGAGCGGGCCAUCUCCUGCAUGGGCCACCUCGUGAGCCACCUGGGCGACCGGCUGGGAGGUGACCUAGAGCCCACGUUACUGCUGCUCCUGGACCGCCUGCGGAAUGAGAUCACCCGGCUGCCCGCUGUCAAGGCGCUGACGCUGGCCGCUGUGUCCCCGCUGCGGCUCAACCUGCAGCCCGUCCUGGCGGAGGCGCUGCCCCUCCUGGCCUCCUUCCUGCGUAAGAACCAGCGGGCGCUGCGGCUGGCCACGCUGGCCGCCCUGGACGCCCUGGCCCAGAGCCAAGGACUCGGCCUUCCGCCACCCGCGGUGCGGGCGGUACUGGCCGAGCUGCCUGCCCUGGUCAGCGAGAGCGACAUGCACGUGGCCCAGCUGGCAGUGGACUUCCUGGCCACGGUGGCCCAGGCCCAGCCUGCGCUGCUGGCGGAGGCAGCGGCCACAGCCAGCCGCCUGGUCUCCGAUGCCAGGUCACCCAGCUCAAGUGCAGGGGUCAAGGUCCUGGCGUUCCUGUCGCUGGCCGAGGUGGGCCAGGUGGCCGGGCCGGGCCCUCAGCGGGAGCUGAAGGCGGUGCUCCUGGAAGCCUUGGGGUCACCCAGCGAGGACGUGAGGGUGGCGGCCUCCUACGCGCUGGGCCGAGUGGGCGCCGGAAACCUGCGGAGGCAGGUCGAGCCCGAGCCCCGGAGGCAGUACCUGCUGCUGCAUGCUCUCAGGGAGGCCCUGGGCGCUGCCCAGCCCGACAGCCUGAAGCCCUACGCCGAGGACAUCUGGGCCCUGCUGCUCCAGCGCUGCGAGGCCGCCGAGGAGGGCACCCGGGGCGUGGUGGCCGAGUGCCUCGGGAAGCUGGUCCUGGUGAACCCGCCGUUCUUUCUGCCCCGCUUCCAGAAGCAGCUCUCUGCAGGGCAACCCCAUACCCGGAGCACUGUCAUCGCGGCAGUCAAGUUCCUCAUCUCAGACCAGCCGCACCCCAUCGACCCCCUCCUGAAGAGCUUCAUUGGAGAGUUCCUGGAGAGCCUGCAGGACCCGGACCUGAACGUGCGCCGCGCCACCCUGGCGCUCUUCAACUCGGCCGUGCACAACAAGCCCUCGCUGGUCCGCGACCUGCUGGGCACCAUCCUGCCCCUCCUGUACCAGGAGACCAAGAUCCGCCGGGACCUCAUCCGAGAGGUGGAGAUGGGGCCCUUUAAGCACACGGUGGAUGAUGGGUUGGACGUGCGGAAGGCGGCCUUUGAGUGCAUGUACUCGCUGCUCGAGAGCUGCCUGGCCCAGCUGGACCUCUGCGAGUUCCUGAACCACGUGGAGGACGGGCUGAAGGACCACUACGACAUCCGGAUGCUCACUUUCAUCAUGCUGGCGCGGCUGGCCACUCUGUGUCCUGCGCCCGUCCUGCAGAGGGUGGACCGGCUCAUCGAACCCCUCAGGGCCACCUGCACUGCCAAGGUCAAAGCCGGUUCCGUGAAGCAGGAGUUUGAGAAGCAGGAUGAGCUGAAGCGCUCUGCGAUGAGGGCAGUGGCCGCCCUCCUGACUAUCCCCGAGGCCGGCAAAAGCCCCAUCAUGGCCGACUUCUCCUCCCAGAUCCGAUCCAACCCCGAGCUGGCCACCCUCUUUGAAAGCAUCCAGAAGGAUUCUGCUCCGGCCCCCAACACAGACUCCAUGGAGCUCAGCUAGUCCUGCCCGAGUGCCCAGGUGGGCCCUCGUUCCCAAGGAGCUCCCCCAAACCCGGGCCUCGCCCUUCCUCCUCCCCCCCACUGGGGCCCUCCUGCUCAGUCAGGCUGCAGGGCCUUCUCCAGGGACCCCAAACUUACAGCCCCCAACCACUGAGGGUGACAAGACUGGGGCCCUUUAACGCAGGACAGUCGCUCACCGACACAGGAGCCAGUUCUGUGACCACACUGCACCCUCCUGGCCACCCCUGUCCCGCACACUGCAGGUGGGCUGUGGACAACUGUGCCCAGGUUGGAGUGGUGCCUGCCCACCUCCCCUUGGCACCGCCUGAUCUGGACUGCGGCCCCAGGAGCGCUUCCGCACCAUGUAACACUCA